AUGGGCGAGGAUGUACGAGGAAUAGAAAGAGAAAAAUGUGCUUGUGGUGAAUGCGAGGAUUUCAUGAGGUCAGAUGGAGCAACUUGUGGCUAUUGUGGCUGUUUACCGACUCGUCAUUCUAAAAAGGAUGCCCGCUACUAUUCUGACUCUGUUGGUGGCACAUCGGAUGCGGGAACAAGCGAAAGUGCAAGUCCAGGGAAGUGUAGAAAUGAAGACCUGGGGGUGGUUCGCGAACCCAAAGGGCGAAUAAUACUCAAAUAGUAUUCUGAAAAUUCUAGCUGUCCUUUUGGACCACUUUUCCCUACAAGGAACGCUUUCGCCGCUGUUUCGUGAGUGAAAGAAAGCGCCAGUGGGAAGUUCGCGAGGCUUUGAAAAUAAUGAAUCAAAAGUUGGCUUUUGUGACUUCUGAUAAUCCAGCGGCUGCCGGGAGAUUCAUGGAGCUCUAUAUGGAGUAUAGGCGAAUGUCGUUUCGAGAGCGAAAUGGCCAAUGCAACUAUGUAAAUUUUGCGAGAAGGAUGAGACUACCAGCGCUCCACUUCCAACUCGACGACCACAUCCCGACUAUGGCAAGCUACCAAACUUCCACCAUCUCUCUUGGAGUGCAGCCCCCACCAAUGGCCGUAAGCCGGACAACUUCCAGCCUCGAGCUCAGAUUAAGCGAUUGUUUGAGGAAAGUGAACUAGUCAGUGGGGACAGUGAGGCUAAAGUUUUCAGAUAA